UUUUUCCCCAAUUUUACCGUUCCACUUGCAUUGCUGAGCGACUAUCUUGACGUUGGCCGAAAUUUAAAGAACUAGAAGUCGCACUAAAAGUAUUUGAAAUAGUUUUUGUAUAUUUCAGAUUUUUAAAUUUUGUUGAUAAACACAAACUGUUUACUCGAAAAUCUUGUCAAAGUAGCCUGAUGUAAGUCCGUUUAAGACGAUUCUUGACAAUUAAGACAGUUACUGUUUAUUGCAACUUAGUUUCUUCUGUGUUUAUUAUUUGUAGACACAAUGCUAUCCCGGUCGAAGUUGCUGAGGUCUGCACAUCUGAAGAUUUUACGGUCUCGGCUGAUAACGUCAUGUUUUAAGUCAGUGUCAACAUUUAUGGAGAUAUCUGGAGACGAAGCAAUGAAAACCUCUCAUAAACAGGUAAACAUGCCAAGUGUGAUACAUCAACGUGAAUACAAGUAUGCAGAAGGAAAAGUAUAUCAUGGCUUUCGUUGCGAACGCGUGGAGCACAUAUCUGAUUUUGAACUUACGUCUUUUACUCUGCGCCAUGAGGGCACUGGAACGGAAUUAUGGCACAUCGACCGAAAUGAUGCAAACAAAGUAUUUUCCAUCAGUUUUCGAACUACACCUUUUGAUUCUACUGGCCUUCCACAUAUUUUGGAGCACUUAGUUUUAUGCGGUUCAAAAAAAUAUCCUGUCCGGGAUCCUUUUUUUAAAAUGCUUAACCGCUCGGUAGCGACGUUUAUGAAUGCAAUGACUGGUCCAGAUUAUACGAUUUAUCCCUUCUCGACCAUGAACGAAAUGGAUUAUAGAAACUUGCAGCAUAUUUACUUGGAUGCUGUAUUUAGGCCAAAUCUUACAUACCUGGAUUUUCUUCAAGAGGGCUGGCGGCUUGAGAACGAAGACAUCCAUGAUCAAAGUACACCAAUUGUGAUUAAGGGAGUAGUUUAUAAUGAAAUGAAGGGCGCAUUUUCUGAAAAUGCACAGGUAUUUGGACAAAAUCUUCUCAAUAACAUUCUUCCCGACCACACGUAUGGACAUGUGUCUGGAGGAAAUCCAUUGGAAAUACCCAAUCUUUCACACAUUGAAUUAGUUGACUUUCACAGAAAAUAUUAUCAUCCAAGUAACUCUCGUAUAUAUUCCUACGGACUAUUAGAUUUAUCUAAGACUCUUGCUAUUCUCGACAAUGAGUAUUUAUCGGAGCAAAGUUGUAUCGACAACUCAUUUAGUCUGACACCUCAGCAAGAACGAUGGGUACAGCCCCGUAACGUUCACAUAUUCAGCAGACUAGAUAAUAUGGGUGCGACAAUUGAUCGACAGAACCAAAUUGCUAUCGCACUGCUAAUGUGUGAUGCUACCAACAUACAGGAAAAUUUUGAGUUACAAGUUCUGUCUGAGAUAUUAAUUCGUGGACCCAACUCUGUGCUUUACAAGAAUAUAAUAGAACCAAACUUUUCAGGUGGUUACAACCAAAGCACGGGAUAUUUGUCAGACACUAAGGACACAGCUUUCGUCGUGGGAUUACAAGACAUUCGUGUUGAAAACUUUACAAAAUUCAUCGAACUUUUUGACAAAACAAUUUCUAAAGCUAUGAAUGAUGGGUUUGAGUCACAGCAUGUUGAAAGCGUUUUGCACAAUCUCGAGUUGUCUCUUAAACACCAGAGUCCAUAUUUCGGAAAUACUUUGUUGUUUAAUUCCACCGCCUUGUGGAAUCAUGAAGGCGACAUAGUAAGCAACCUUCGCGUUUCAGAAAUGAUAUCAAGGUUGCGGGCAAGGAUAAGUCAGAAUAAAUCAUAUUUUCAAGACAAAAUUAAACAAUAUUUGGUCAAUAACAACCAUAGACUUACACUUACAAUGUCGCCCGAUGGGUUAUAUGAGAAAACUUUCAAAGUGGCUGAGCUAGAGCAGUUAAAUCAAAAAUUAAAAGCACUUAAUACCGAAAUGUUAGAAAAAAUUUAUGAGAAUGCUUUUAUGUUGGAUGCAUUUCAAAAGGCUAAGCCUAAUUCUGAUGUACUACCGUGUCUGACAAUUAAUGACGUAAUCGACCCUCCAAAGCGUCCAAAAAUAUUCAUUCAAAGUAUUCAAAAUGUGCAAACCCAGAUUUGCAAAGUUUCGACAAACGAUAUUACAUAUUUUAAGUGCUUAUUUAAUAUAACAGGUCUAAGCCAAGAAGAAACAAUGCUUCUGCCAUUGUUUUGCAACGUUAUCAGUGUAAUGGGGACCAGCAAAUAUAAUUAUCGGGAACUUGAUAAGCUCAUUCUUUCAAAAACCGGUGGUAUCGAUUUUAAGUUUAAUUUAAUUGAAGAUGUGAAAGAUGCAAAGAGUUACUGGCUCAGCGUUAUGAUGACAACGCAUGCACUUGAUAAAAAUAUUCCGGACAUGUUUGGCUUGUGUCAAGAGUUGAUUCACAAUUUUAGGUUUGACGAUUUGGAUCGUCUUAAAAUGCUUAUACAAAAUUAUAUAUCUAAUAUGUCUGUAGGAGUGGCGAGUUCUGGUCACUUAUAUGCUAUGUUGGGUGCCACUGCAUUAGUUAGUAAUGCUGGUAAACUUAAAUCCCUAUUAUCAGGCGUAGAUCAUAUAGAAUUCAUGAAAAAUUUCGUUCAAAACACUAACAUGGUGGAAGUAGGUGAUAAGUUGAGAUUAAUAGGAACGAAGUUAUUUAACAAAAGUAAUUUGCGUGGUGCCAUUAACUGCACAGAAUCUUACUUUCCAUUGGCUGUUAGUCAUUACAGAAAUUUCUUGGAAGCAUUGCCAUCGUUUGAAAAAAAUAAAAAAAGUAGCAAGAUACAUUUUUAUGACCCUAGCUGUCAGCAUUACGUGAUGAACAUACCAGUAAAUUACUGCGCUAAAGCCUUUUUCGCCGCCCCAUAUAUGCACCAAGACCAUCCAACACUGCGAGUUUUAGCGAAAUUAUUAUCGGCCAAAUAUCUUCUGCCCGUGGUUCGCGAGCAGAAUGGGGCUUAUGGAGCCGGUGCAAAAAUAAGUACUGACGGAAUUUUUAGUUUUUAUAGUUAUCGUGACCCACAUUCAUCCAAAACGCUUCACGUGUUUGAGAAAACUUAUGAUUGGCUACGGUCGGAAAGACAGAUGAUUGAUGAACAGUCUAUAUUUGAGGCAAAACUUGGGGUGCUGUCGCAAUUAGACUCUCCAAUAGCACCUGGAAAUAUUGGCGUUGACUACUUCCUAUAUGAAGUAUCGCCAGAGUAUUUUGAAAAAUAUCGCUCUCGAAUGCUGUCGGUAACCAUAGAGGACUUACAAGACGCUAUUGAAAAAUACUUUAGGAAACCGUCAAGUCAUUAUGGAAAGUGCAUUCUGGGUCCAGCGAAUAAACAUUUGGACUUGGAAACGAGUAAAAAAUGGAAAAUAAUAGUCUAAUUUAACGUAUAUUAUUUUGUAAUGUUCUUUAAUUGGCUAACAUUUUUUUUUA